UUUUCGAACGUUAUCCUUUGUGGAUACCCUAUUCCAUACAACAUAACAAAUUUUGUUUUCAAACGUUAUCCUUUGUGGAUACCCUAUUCCAUACAACAGGACGGCUAUACCAACUGCGCUGUUGAAGUAAACAUUCUACUAUCACGAAAGUUGUUUUCUACGAUUCGCAUCGUCUCAUUUCAGUACGAUUAAGGAGAAAUAGAUAACGAUCUCAAUUAGAGCGAGUCCAGCGUCUAUAUUUCAAAUACAUUAUCUGGAUUUUAUGACUCCCUUUAUCAUUAUUUGCUUUAAAUAAUUAAUCAGUAUAGUGUUUUUGCGGUUGUAUUGUCUGUAUGUAAAUGUUAACCUUUAAAGCGAAAAAGUCUUUUUGGGUUGCGCCUUAUGUCGUGAAGAAGUUUGUCAGCGAUAUGGCAGUGCGAAAAAGCGUCUGUUUUUCACUUGUUUUAUUUGUACUAAUACAACCGGUACGCACUCAGUACCUGCAGAACGGUUUCUCUAUAUCCGAGACGAGCCCCUUCUCGUCGCCAGUGUUACUGAGACGUCUUCAGGCAGAGAGUUUGAUAAUGUGUGCGAUGUGGUGUAAUGUAGAUGGUGGUUGUGAAGGCGCUGGCUACCAAGAGAAGACCCGACUAUGUUCCUUGCUAAAGGAAGCCCGCAGUGGUGGUGAUAGUGCCGUGAAAAUGUCAAAAACAACCUUCAUCAGAAAGGUCGAUCCGGUGGUCAACGGUGUAGAUACACAUUCAAACUCUUCAAAUAUCAACGCAACUUCGUUCUUAAACACGACUUCAUUUUUCUGCAAAACGCUCUAUGAAAGAGGAGAGAGGACCAAUAAGUCUUAUCCCAUGGACAUGGGAGCAAGCAAGACUAUCGACGUCUAUUGCCAAAUGACUGAUCUCCUCAACUGUGGGGGAGGGGGCUGGACGCUGGUCAUGAAGAUCGAUGGCUCAAAGAGUACCUUUGGGUACGAAGCCAAUUACUGGACCGACGAAGUUGAAUUAGGAUCCGGUGGCACCGGACAAGAUGUCCUCGAGGAGGCGAAGCUUCCGACUUACUGGAACACACCAUUCACCAAGAUAUGUGUAGGCAUGCGACAACCAGACACUGGCGACAUCCGCUGGCUCAAGAUUGACAAGACCGCGGUCUCAAUGCUUGACUUGCUCUCGGAUAACACACUGAAGGAGACGAAUGUUGGAAUUGAUAACUGGAAAGGAAUCUACCCGACACGCCAGGUUCUUCAGACCGCUUGCCAAAAGGAAGGCUUCAACAUGUUUAUCCAGACGAACACUCGAGCGAGAAUUGGCGUCAUAGGAGAUGACGCAGCAGACUGUUCUCAGCCAGACUCCACCCUUGGGCUUGGUACCCAGACCUGGUGGAACAACCCUAUCUCAUGCGGAAGCGCGAAAAGAGAAAGCGGGGAGGACAAUAGGCCGACAUGGUGUUUUCUUUUUGUACAGUAAACAGUAUACUGACAUCUCUUUCAUACCUCAUAUAAUUGCUAUCAUUACAGUAAUGCCAUCAUUCCUUGACCAUCACCAUAACCAUCCCGGGACAGUCACCAUCAUGUCCAUUUGAUUGAAAAAUGAUACGUCCGUCCAUUACACAAACAUCCUCAUCACCAUCACUACCACCAUCAUCACUACCAUUAUCAUCACUACCAUCAUCAUCAUCACUAUCAUCGUCAACAUCA